UGUGAUGUUGGUCAGUGCAUAAGUGAGAGCACUAGUUAUGAGAAAACUAUGUGGGAGAGAAUAGAAAUGGAACUUGAGGAAAUAAAUGUGGAGAACCUUGGAUUCGAUCAUCCGAUUUGUUCAGGC